ACACUUGCUCUGCAAUGCUGUAGCUAAUAGCACCGAUAGAUAGCCUACCUAAGAUAACCAGCAAUGGUAAUACAGAGAGAGAUGCGACUGUCAUUGAGGAAGCGAAGGUGUUGUCACUUAUUUUGAAAUCUUUUUUCGUUGCAUCGCAGAACAUGUGCUGUACGCCAUCGUCGACAUUUCUGUUCAAGUGGGAAAAAGCCCACUGUACUCCAUUUUUAAACCAGCUUCUUAGCACUGUAAUCGCAAUUUUCUGUAUUACUGGAAGGACACAGCGGACCGAUCCUAUAGUCAGUUGGGUCCGUGCACCCGCUUUGAGAGAGCUGGAAGAAAGAGACACAAGCACAUCUCUGAGCACAUGAAAAGCGCACUGGUACAGAAAGGUGUCUGAUCUCCAGUUCUCGCUCAGUACACAUUCCAUAGUUCCUCUCCUCAGCGCAAAUCACCUUGGCUCUACAUAGAUCAGAGAUAAACAUUUCUGUUUGAUGACAGUCUCACGCCCACUCCAAAAGUUGUCUGUCACUUCCGGAUUAGAUCCCGUCUCAGGUGCGUACAGAUAGACGGGGGAUGGGCACCAUGGCAAGGGGGACAGCAUCCUCCCCCUUCACACUAGGCGAGCUGUGCAUUGGCCUCUUCCUAGUAUCAGUGAGACUGUCCUUGGUGAGUGCCAACGAGUGUCCUCAGCUAUGCGUGUGUGAGGUCAGACCCUGGUUCACUCCUCAGUCCACCUACAGGGAGGCCACCACCGUUGACUGCAAUGACCUGCGGCUUACCCACAUUCCUAGCAACCUGUCCAGCGACACCCAGGUUCUCCUGCUGCAGAGCAACUACAUCGCCCACACCAGCGAGGAGCUUGAGCAGCUCUUCAACCUGACUGAACUGGACCUGUCCCAGAACAACUUCAGUAGCAUCCGGGAUGUGGGUCUCGUAAACAUGUCCCAGCUCACCACGCUGCACCUGGAGGAGAAUCAAAUCUCAGAGAUGUCUGAUCACUGCCUGCAGGAUUUAAUCAAUUUGCAGGAGCUCUACAUUAAUCACAACCAGAUCAGCUCCAUCUCCGCUGAUGCCUUCUUUGGCCUGGGAAACCUGCUACGGCUCCACCUCAACUCCAACAGGUUGAGGAUCAUAGACAGCCGCUGGUUUGAGUCAACACCGAACCUGGAGAUACUCAUGAUAGGAGAGAACCCUGUAAUUGGGAUUCUGGACAUGAACUUCAAGCCCCUGAUUAAUCUGAGGAGUCUGGUGCUGGCAGGGAUGGACUUGACCGAUGUGCCCGGAAAUGCAUUUGUGGGACUAGACAACCUUGAGAGCCUUUCUUUUUAUGACAACAAGCUCAUUAGAGUCCCACAGCUCGCACUGCAGAAAGUUCCAAACUUGAAAUUCCUGGAUUUAAACAAAAACCCAGUACACAAGAUUCAGGAAGGGGACUUCCGGAACAUGCUACGGUUAAAAGAGCUGGGUGUGAACAAUAUGGGGGAGAUGGUUUCCAUCGACCGAUAUGCGCUUGACAAUCUCCCUGAGCUGACUAAGUUGGAGGCCACCAAUAACCCCAAGCUGUCAUACAUUAACCGGCUAGCCUUCCGGGAAGUGCCAUCUCUGGAGAGCUUGAUGCUGAACAACAAUGCCCUGAAUGCACUGUACCACAGGACAGUGGAGCUGCUGCCUAACCUGCGAGAAAUCAGUAUCCACAGCAAUCCUCUGCGCUGUGACUGUGUCAUCCAGUGGAUGAGCUCCAAUAAGACCGGCAUCCGCUUCAUGGAGCCUCUGUCCAUGUUCUGCGCUAUGCCACCCGAGUUCCGGGGCCAGCAUGUGAGGGAGGUGCAACUGCAAGUGUCUGCUGAGCAGUGCCUCCCCAUGAUCUCCCACGACACCUUCCCCAGCCACCUCAGUCUGGACAUAGGCAUGACCAUUGACCUUGACUGCCGUGCUGUGGCCGAACCUGAGCCUGAGAUCUACUGGGUCACGCCGCUAGGGAAUAAGGUCACUGUGGACAUCUUGUCUGACAAGUACCAUCUGAGCAGCGAGGGAACCCUGCGCAUCUACCAUAUGCAAGUGGAGGACUCUGGACAGUAUACCUGCGUGGCCCAGAACGCCGAGGGUGCUGAUACGCGGGUGUCCACCAUUCGGAUCAAUGGGACCCUACUGGACAGUGCCCAGCUCAUGAAGAUCUCCGUCAAGCAGACUGAGACCCACUCCAUCCUUGUGUCCUGGAAGGUAAACUCCAAUGUCAUGACCUCCAACCUGAAGUGGUCAUCAGCCACCAUGAAGAUCGACAACCCCCAUAUCACUUACACCGCUCGAGUGCCUGUGGAUGUCCACGAGUACAACCUCACCCACCUGCAGCCUGCCACUGAGUAUGAGGUAUGUCUCACCGUCUCAAAUAUCCACCAGCAGACGCAGAGGUCCUGUGUCAACGUAACCACCAAGAAUGCAGCCUUUGCCCUGGAAAUCUCUGACCAGGGCACCAGUGCUGCCCUGGCAGCCGUUAUGGGCACAAUGUUUGCGAUCAUCAGCUUGGCCUCCAUUGCUGUGUACAUUGGCAAGCGAUUCAAGAGAAAGAAUUAUCACCACUCCUUAAAGAAGUACAUGCAGAAGACCUCGUCCAUCCCCCUGAAUGAGCUCUAUCCACCUCUUAUUACUCUGUGGGAGGCGGACUCUGAGAAGGACAAGGAGGGUGCAUCAGAGACCAAGCCGACUCAGGUUGAUACUACGAGAAGCUACUACAUGUGGUGAAGUGUAGGAGACUUUGCUUUUAGGAGCACAAUGACACAUUUCAGCUUUUUUGGAGCGCAAUUGGGGAAAAAAAUCAGAUUUUAAAACCAAAAAUUCUGAUUUUUUUGUAGUCAGAUUUGCUCAUCUGAGAGUGGUAGAGUCAUAGUUAGUUUUUUAUUUAUAGGGCAUCAUGCCUCUUCUCUCCACUACCUGUUUUGACACUCAAAUUGGCAGCUUUCUUUAGCUUCAAAGAUCUCUUAUUUGCUGUGCUUUAUUUUUGUGGUGCACUCUUAAUCGCACAGUUUGGAUGUGGAUGUGGACUUACCUGGGGGUCAACAGAUUCAACAGAAGGAACUGUUCCUUUCAUUUGUUUUCUCCUCUGGCAGUAUUCAUAGAGAUUUGCAAUGUUCCUUUCACUCUUUUGUAAAACAGUUUGACUGUUGUGCACUGAAUCAUAUUAACACAAUUUUCUAUGGACUUAAAUAUAAGCUGACAAAUUGAGAUUAGACUUGAUAUACUGUCUAUUGAAUACCGUUAGCAAUUGUACUGUAAUGUUGUAUCAACUAUCAUUUGAACCUUUUUGUUUAUGGGAAAAACUUUUUUAAUUUAGAACUUAGUUUGCAGAUAUAAUCACUGUAACAAGCAAUAGAAAUGUGAAUGUUUGAUAACUAGAUAUGUAGUCAACAAAGCUUUUUUUAAAAAUUACACUUGAGUAUUCUUUUUUAUUUGCUAGAACAUUUCAAUGGGCACUUAAUUUUGUUGUGAUAUAAACACACUCACAAUAUGUUGUAUAUUGAAUAAUAGAUUAAAAUAAAUUGCAGUUUUGUUCUCAUAUUUUCAUACAA